AUGACGAACCACGCCAUAAAUGGAGAAGAGAAUAAAACGCUGAUGAACGGAGAGGCUAAAGCAGAACCGGAGACGUUUGGACAAUUCUUGUACAAUCGGCAGAAAGGAACCGUGCUCGGCCGGACAGCAACCUCUUGGUGCCAGAUCACAGUCUUCUACAUCAUCUUCUACAUUUUCCUAUCCGCCUUCUUCGUUGGAUGCCUCGCUAUUUUCCUCAGAACCUUAGACCCGAAAGUGCCUCGUUUCUACGGUAAAGGAACAAUCAUCGGAGUGAAUCCAGGAGUUGGAUACCAACCAUGGCUAAAGGAGAAUCCGGAUUCAACGCUCAUCAAGUUUAACUUGCAAGACUCCAAGACCUGGGAACCAUAUGUAAAGCAACUCGACUUAUACCUUUCCAAGUACCAAAACACAAAUGAGACCAGAGACUGCGGAGCUGGAGACAAUAAUGGAGCCCUUGAGACCGACCCAGACACCUAUCCAUGCCGUUUCGACCUCACUCCAUUCGACAAGGCUCAAUGUGGAGCUAAGGACCAAUAUGGAUUCAAGAGUGGAAAGCCGUGUGUCGCUGUCUCCUUAAACAGACUCAUCGGAUGGCGUCCAGUAGACUUUGAUGGAAAUAGUGUGCCAGAAGAGAUCAAGGGUAGAUACAAGCCAGGAUCCAUCACCAUCAACUGUGAAGGAGCUACUUCAUUCGACAAGGAACAUCUUGGAAAGGUCAAGUACGUGCCAGAAUCUGGAAUCGACGGCCGCUACUACCCAUACGUCUUUAUCCCAUCUUACCAACAACCAAUUGCUAUGAUCAAAUUCGAAACAAUCCCACGCAACAAAUUGGUCAUUGUCGAGUGCCGCGCCUACGCCCUCAACAUUGAGCACGACAUCUCCACUCGCCUCGGAAUGGUAUACUUUGAGUUGUUCGUCGAGGACAAGAAACCGGUUGCUAUACCAGUCUCUUAA